AUGAGUUGGUAUAAAUCAAAUCAAAAUAGUAAUAGUAAUAAUGUUGAAAGUGACAGAUCAACGCCUAGAAGGGAAAAUGUUGUACAAGUGCCGCAGUCUUCCCCAAUCUUAAUAAAUUCAUCACCCCAGUCACAGGAUAAUGGAAGCUCAAUAGUAAAUCAACCAUCAAUAAAUGAUAAACAAGCAGACAUUGAAAGAAAACGGCAAAUCUUAAGAUCACAUCCAAAUUAUGCAAUUAUAAAAAGCAAAUUUCAUUAUCUUAAUGAAUCUGAUAUACUUAGAGCAUUAGCGAAAUUCAAAGGUAAUUUAAAAGACAUUUCUGAAUUUUUGAAUAAUAAUUUCCCAGCUGAUAAAUACAAUAAACAACCAGAAGCACCACCAGUGAUACAUCGAACUCCAACUAUAGAACUUGAUUCUGAAGAUGAAAGUCCUGUCAAAUUGAAAGGUAGGGCAAAAAUCAAAAUUGAAGAUUCGCCUAUGAAGGAAUCAAUCAGUCAUGGUCAAAAUGGAUUUUCUACAAAAGUUGAAGUUAGAAAAACUCAAUCAUUAGUCAAUAAAUACAAGCAACAACAACAACAACCUUCAACUUCGACCGCAACCAGAGGUAGAUUAGAUUCAUUAAUAAAUCCGAACAAGAAGCGAAGAUUAGUUCGAGCUUCAGACAGUUUAAAUAACAUUUCCAGAUCAACUUCAAGCUCACCAGUACCAGCCCCUACUUCAUUAAGUGAAAAGUUCAAUUUUAAAGAAUUUACACCAUCAUCUUCAACCAUCAAUUUAUCUCCAGAUGAUGAACUUGAAAAUUUGGAACGUAAAAUUGCCGAAAAUAGAAAGAAGGCCAAGUUACAGAAAAAUAAUCAGACAACAAUAGUGUUAUCAGAUGAAGAUGAAGACGAUGAUGAUGAUAUAAGUGAUGCCUCGGAAGAUGAUCAUGAAAGUGGUCACCAAGGUUUGACAUCAAUGGAUAACAAGAUUCUUGAGUUUGUUAAUAAUGCCUCUUUGGAUGAUAUAAUUGAUAUAUCAGGUAUAGAACCAACAUUUGCUGAAAAAGUUUUAGAAAAACGUCCAUUUGAAACAAUUUAUGAAAUUAGUGAUUACAACUUUGAUGAACCAUUAAAUAAAAGAAAAAAAACAAUGGGAUUAAAAAUGAUUGAAACUAUUGAAAGUUCAUUACGUGGAUAUAAAGCAAUUGAUUCAAUAAUUAAAAAGUGUUCAGAAUUUGGAGAUAUUGUAAAUCGACAGAUGAAAUUAUGGGGUGUUUCAAAAAAUGAAGAAAAUGGUGAGUUAGAUGUAUUAGAAUUAAAUCCUGAGGAUAAAACUGAAGAAGAAGAGGAAGAAGAAGAAGAAGAAGAUGAUGAUGAUAAUGUAAUUAUUGUUAAAAAACAAAAAGGUUUGAGAUAUAUCAAAGAAAAGCCUCCAUUAUUAGCAGAUGAUAUAACGCUUAAUAAUUACCAACAAGUUGGUAUAAAUUGGAUAAAUUGUUUAUAUCACAACAAAUUGUCAUGUAUAUUAGCCGAUGAAAUGGGUCUAGGUAAGACGUGUCAAGUUAUUGCAUUUAUGGCGUAUCUAAAACAUACUGGUGAACCUUACCCACAUUUAGUUGUUGUACCUGCUUCAACUCUUGAAAAUUGGUUGAGAGAAUUUCAAAAAUUUUGCCCAGACAUUAGAGUUCAAGCUUAUUAUGGGGCUCAAAAAGAAAGAGAAGAAUUGAGGUAUGAAUUACAAGAUGCUGAUUAUGAAGUUUUAGUAACUACUUAUUCAUUAGCUUGUGGAGCACCAUCAGAUGUGAAAUUUUUGAAAAAUCAAAAUUUUAAUUGUAUUGUUUAUGAUGAAGGUCAUUUACUAAAGAAUUCUCAAUCUGAAAGAUAUAAUAAGUUGAUGAGAUUAAAAGGGAAAUUUAGAUUAUUGUUAACUGGUACACCUUUGCAAAAUAAUUUAAAAGAAUUAAUCAGUUUAUUAGCUUUUAUAAUGCCCCAUGUUUUUGUUGAAAAAAGAGAGGAUUUACAAGGUAUAUUUAAUCAAAAAUCUGGAUCUGUUAAUAAAGAAGAAAAAUCCGAUUUUAACCCAUUAAUUUCGCAGCAAGCUAUAAAGAAUGCUAAAACAAUGAUGACUCCAUUUGUAUUAAGAAGAAGAAAAGAUCAAGUUUUACAACAUUUACCUAAAAAAACUCAUCAAAUCGUUUAUUGUCAAUCAACCGAAACCCAAACUGAGAAUUAUCAUGAGUUUAUAAAAAAUGCAAAAGAAGUCAGAGAUGAAAGAGAAAGAAGGAAACUAUUGCCCGUUCAAGAACAAAAUAGAUUAUCCAAGGAAGAUCCAAUACAAUCAUCGUCAAAUCUUUUAAUGCAACUAAGAAAAAUAUGUUUGCAUCCAUUGUUAUUUAGGUUUCGUUAUGAUGACAAUACAAUUAAAAAAAUGGCAAAAGCAAUAAUGAAUGAACCAGAAUAUGUUGAAGCGAAUCAACAAUAUAUUUUUGAAGAUAUGCAAGUUAUGUCAGAUUUGGAAUUAUAUAAUUUAUGUGUAAAGUUCCCAUUUACCUUAAAAAAUUUUCAAAUUAGUGAUGAGUUUUUCCUUGAUUCAGGCAAGAUUUUACAAUUAAAAGAAAUUUUAGAUGUUAUAAUAAAUCAACGUGGUGAAAAAGUGUUGAUUUUUUCUUUAUUUACUCAAGUUUUGAAUAUACUUGAAAAAGUUUUAUCAAUUUUUAAUUAUAAAUUUGUUAGAUUAGAUGGUGCAACAAAAGUUGAAGAGAGACAAGAUACAAUAGAUACUUUUAAUGAAAAUCCUACAAUACCAAUAUUUUUAUUAUCAACAAAAGCAGGUGGAUUUGGUAUAAAUUUAGUUGCUGCUAAUAAUGUCAUAGUAUUUGAUCAAUCAUUUAAUCCACAUGAUGACAAACAGGCAGAAGAUAGAGCUCAUAGAGUUGGACAAGUAAAAGAAGUCAAUGUUUAUAAAUUGAUUACUAAAGAUACUAUAGAAGAAAAUAUGUUAUCAAUUGCUGAAAAUAAAUUACAAUUAGAUUAUACAAUAUCAAAUGAAAGUCAAAAAGAUGAUUCAAAAUUUGAAGAAAAACAAGCUUCAUUAUUUGAAAAGAUUUUAUUUGAUGAAUUAUAA